CAAACAUUUGGCUGCUGAUUGACAGGAAGGACGCUCCGGGAUACUGGGAGACGGUGGCAGGAGACAGGGAGGUCCCUCGGCUGCAGCGUCCACAGAGAAGAAUCCGCCUGCCAGCCACCGACACGUUCUGUGUGCCCACUUCUGCCCACAGGAGCUGCCCAGCUGGAAUGCAUAGAUCUGAGUCCACUUACUGCAGAGAGGACACGACUCUGGCUCGCGGGGGAGGUGGUUCAUGGGUCCCUCCUGCGGCUGCUGCCCCUGAUCCUGGCCUGACUCCCAGCUCUCCUCCAGCUCCAGAAAGUCCCGUCCCCAGCCCGCAGACCGGUUAUGGCUACGGCCCCUGCGAGGACAAGCCAGGAGACCCCCGCAUCAGACGCCCCAUGAACGCGUUCAUGGUCUGGGCCAAGGACGAAAGGAAGAGACUGGCUCUGCAGAACCCGGACCUCCACAAUGCCGUGCUCAGCAAAAUGCUUGGCCAGUCUUGGAAGAACCUGAGUGCCGUCGACAAGCGUCCCUUUGUGGAAGAGGCCGAGAGGUUGAGGGUUCAGCACCUUCAGGAUCACCCAAAUUACAAGUAUCGCCCACGCAGGAAGAAGCAGGGCAAGAAAGUGAAGAGAGUGGAGCCGGCGUCUCUCCUGAGGAGCGAUGGGUUUAGAGGUGGCCCUCAGCCCGCCGCCAUCACCCAUUUCCGGGAACUCCAUCCAAUAGGCUCCGGCGAGCUGGAGAGUUAUGGUUUACCCACCCCAGAGAUGUCCCCUCUAGAUGUUCUGGAGCAGAACGAGCCGGCGUUUUUCCCCACUCACAUGCGGGAAGACACGGACCACGUGCCCUUCAGAGCUUACCAGCACGGCCUGGACUUCGCGCAGGAGAAGGCACUGAGGGAGAUGCCAUUACCAUACUCCCCAACGGCUGCCCACAUGGGCAACCUCCUCAGGACUCCCCCGUCCUCUGCUUUCUACUACAGCCCUCCGGCCGGGGCUCAGGCCUGCGCUCCGCUCGGCCAGCUCUCCCCACCUCCCGAGGCGCCUCAGCUGGACCCCAUGGAUCAUCUGAGUCCAGCCGAGCUGUGGGGCGACGUCGACCGCAACGAAUUUGACCAGUAUCUGAACAUGAGCAGGACUCAGAUGGCCGGAUCUGGGUACCACUUGCCAAUGUCCAAGCUGAGCUCCGCUAGGACUAUACCAUGCGAGGAGAGCAGCCUCAUAUCAGCUCUUUCUGAUGCCAGCACCGCCAUGUACUAUAGCCCCUGCAUCACCGGUUAGAGGGGGCAUCCAGAGGGCAGGUUUGGUGCCAGACGAGCCUUCAGCUACAGGGAGGGGGUAUGUAGAGUGACAGGGCAGGGUAAAUCCCGUACGAUGGUGGUAAGUGUGAGAAGGUCAGAGAAGGUCAGUUGGCUGUUGGCCAUUUCUGCAGAUACCCUAGUGCAUAAGGUCAGUUAACCUUUCAGCUACCGGCGGGGCAUAAAGAAGAUGCCCUCUCGUAGCAACGGGAACACGGUGACAGUCGGACAGGGACAAACCCAUUGCGUGUCUCUCUGGCACUACAAGGGUUAAGUUGGAAAUAGGUUUAUAGCGGAGGAUAGGGUGUCAAGGAAGGGUUAGGUGUCUAAAUACCCCUAAGGGGAUAACGUUGUCGUAUUUGCCCCUCUUAUGGUUCCACAGGCACAAGGUCUCGUCUGCCACCAAAUGCUCGACCAGUGAUAUUGUAAGAUUGUUCAGCAAAGGAAGCGUUAACGUCUCAUCCCUAUGUAGCAACUACGUUUGAGAAUCCCCCCCCUGACAGGAAGGGGUUAAUGACACCGGGCAGUAUAAGUGUAUAGAUCAAACAAGGGGCAAAAAAAAAAAAAAGCCUCUUCAAAUCAUGUACUGGACUGUUCCCGGCGUAACCCCCCGAAUCCGGCUGCCGGCAGUAACGGGGUUCCCUCCGCGCUCCUCCGACUGAGUUAUUGGGGGGCUUCUGGAUUUUGCAGAUUGUGAAAAAUGAGACUUUGUUGUUUUUUUAUAAUUGCAUUUUUUUAUACGGAAAAGAAAAGUCCGAUAAUAAUAAUAAUAUUAAUAAUAAUCACUGGUGUUAAUCGAU